UGUUGGUGGAUGGAUCCUCACUCCACAAUAUGUGGCGAUUCGACCGCACUCUGUCACCUGACCGUGAUCGACACGCGCCUCGCUCUUCUCUCCUCAAUUUUUGUACCCAUUUGCAUGCUUUUCUUCAUUCCCUCCUUUCCCUUUCACUCUUUUUCCUCUAUCUCACAUCGCGGUGGCAGAUUCCGUAAUAUUAUACCCCUUUAAAGGGCAGUUUCGAAGGAAACAAAUUUAGGACAACCGUGCAGUGCAAUUUGCGCGAGACACCUCCGAGUCUGUGGCAUUUAAGGGUUAUCCCACGUCAUCUACGCCCCAAUGACAAAGGGAUGAGUGUCCUUAUGAUUGGGAGUUGAAUGCACGCGUUCCACGUGAGGGUGGGACUGUACCGUGCUAAAACUAGCUGUUUACUUCCUCGAACUGGAACCUCUUUGAACGUGGAAACCAUGGUUUGCCUUUGUGUGUUGGUGUAGUAAUUAUUAAAUAAACUACUGCUAAUACUAUAAAACAAUUCUUCUGAAACAACUGCGUUCCCCACAACCCAGUACCUGAAAAAUCCACUCUUUCUUUCUCUCUCUUUCUCUCUCCUUAACCCCCCAACAAAUAUAUACCCUCGUUUUGCUCAAUUUUAUGAUCACAAUCUCAUCUUUCUCUCUUACAGAAAGAAAAAAACUCUUCAAAUUCUCCUGUCUCCAAGAUUCUCAAUUGGGUCUUCGAAAAUGCGGAUGAGCUGCAAUGGAUGUCGAGUUCUGAGAAAAGGUUGCAGUGAGAAUUGCAGCAUCAGACCCUGUUUACAGUGGAUCAAAAGCCCAGAAUCUCAGGCCAAUGCUACUGUGUUUCUCGCUAAGUUCUACGGCCGUGCUGGGCUCAUGAAUCUCGUUAACGCCGGCCCAGAACAUCUUCGUCCAGCGAUCUUUCGUUCGUUGUUGUACGAGGCAUGCGGUCGGAUAGUGAACCCGAUUUACGGUUCAGUUGGUUUGUUGUGGUCGGGGAGCUGGCAGCUGUGUCAGGCCGCCGUGGAGAACGUCUUGAAAGGCGCACCGAUUACGCCGAUCACGUCUGAAGCGGCGGCUAGUGGGCGGGGUCCACCCCUCAAGGCAUACGACAUACGCCACGUGUCAAGAGACGAGAACUCGGCCGCGUCGAACGAAACUCAGCAGCAACGAGUCAAGACUCGGUGUAGGGUCCGGCGUCCCGUCGCCAACGCCAAGCCCAAAUCCACCACAAACGAAAACAACGGUGACAAGGGAACCGAAUUGGGGUCUUCUGAACCGGGUUUGGUGACAUGCGAGUGGACCGAAGAGGCGGUGAAUCGGUCUGGAAGUCACGAAUCGUCGCUGAGCCACCAGUCUGAGGCGGCGAAUGCGGUGGAGAGCGAGAGCAUGGUGUCGGUGGAGACGGCGGAGACUUCGAUCCUCUUCCGAGAUGAACCGGAUUCAAACCCGAAGAUCGUGCAACGAACCGAUGAUGUUGGUUUGGAGCUUACGCUUGGGUUCGAACCGGUUUCACGUGCGCAGCACGUGGUUCCAGUGAAGAAGAGACGGAUCGAGUUGAAGGAUUUUAGCGGCUCGGCUGAGAGUGGGUCGUGCAAGAUGGAGCUGGGGCUUGAAUGCUCGGCUUGAGCAACUCGACUCUCGGCUCAGUUUUGAUUCCAUCGGCUUUAUGUAUGUCUUUGAUACAAGAGAUCAGAACCCUUUUGUUGUUUUUUUUUCUUUUAAUAGUCUUUUUUUUUUCUUUUGUAAUCGGGUUAUUUUUAACCCUUUUUUUUGGAAUGUGAAUGCGGUGCAGUACAAACUCAAACAUGAAUGACAACUUAAGUAGAUUAUGAAAAA